GUUUCUUUGUUUCUUGUUUUGUUUUGUCCAAUAAAAUAUUGAUUCUCUCCCUCUCUAAGGAACUUUCCUUUCCUUUCUUCUUUCUUCUUUUUCCCUAAAUUUUUUAUUUAAUUUUGAUUUGAAAUGUCUUCCUCUUUAAGAUAUGUCGUAUUCUUUUGCUUUGAAAAUCAAAAUCAGAGAGUGAAAGAAUUGGUUUUGAAAUUAGUCUGUUAAGUGACCCUUUUUUAGAAGAAAAAAAGUUGGUCAGUGUUGCAUUAUUAAUUCGAGUGUUGGGUUCUUAGUAAACUAUUACUUCAACAACAAGUGAAGCUACAAAGAGUUAUAGAUAGCAAGCUUUAGGCUUCUCAGCUUCCCCCCCCCCUUUUCUUUGUUGCUGGUUUUUCGGUAUUGGGAUCUGAUUUUCCUUUUCUUUUUUAGUUCAAGAGAUUCGAUCUUUGCUACUAUUUUAAGUUACUGAUUUACUUGGAAGGUGCUUAUCUGAAGCGGGUUUCUCUCAUUAUUCUCGAAGAAGUGCUGCUUUUUGUUAAAAAUCUGGGCUUCUGGCAAGUGUUUGUUGGGAUUGUAGAUUUCAUUAUAAUUUUCCAUUGUUGUUAGCUUCAUUUCCCAGUUGCCAAGUUGAGUUAUUUUGCUGGAUAUGUGAGCAAGUAAAAUGGCGGUGUUGGGGUUUAAUCUAAUGAGUUUCCUUAAUUGGGUGUUCUUGGCUUGCUUUAUCUGUACAUCACUGAGCCUCGAAUCCUCAGACCAAGCUUGUGAUCCAAAUGAUCUGUUGGCAUUGAAAGAAUUUGCUGGGAACCUCACAGAAGGGUCCAUCAUCAAUUCAUGGUAUAAUGAAUCUGAUUGCUGCCAAUGGGAUGGUGUUGUUUGUGGGAAAAUGAGAAACGUUUCAGCUUCUAAUCGAGUUACUGGCUUGACUCUACCUAGAAGGGGUCUAAGAGGGAAAAUUUCGAUCUCUUUGGCCAGAUUAGAUCGGCUUAAAAGGCUCGAUCUUUCUUUAAAUCAUCUGACGGGUGUUUUGCCUUUGGAGCUUUCGAAUUUGAAGCAGCUUGAGUUCCUUGAUUUGAGCUACAAUUUGCUGUCUGGACUGGUUUCUAAACCAGUUUUUGGUUUGAUAUCGAUUCAGUGGCUGAAUAUUUCAAGCAAUUUAUUCAACGGAGACCUGUCUGAGCUUGGACGGUUUCCGGAUGUCGCUGUGUUCAACUUGAGCAACAAUUCGUUUACAGGCCGACUUGGUUCUGGAAUCUGUAGUUACUCCAAACGGAUUCAGGUUCUUGAUUUAUCGAUGAAUCACUUGGUGGGGAGUAUUGAAGGCCUAAGCAAUUGCAGUAUAUCUCUACAUCAGUUGCAUUUGGACUAUAAUUCACUGUCAGGUGAUCUUCCCGACUCUUUGUACUCUAUGUCCUCGUUGGAGCGGCUCUCGAUCACUGGGAACAAUUUCUCUGGACAACUGAGCAUCAAAUUGAGUAAGCUCUCGAGGCUUAAAUACUUGGCUAUUUCUGCAAACCACUUUUCUGGUAGUAUUCCUGAUGUUUUUGGCAAUCUUGUACAAUUGGAGCUGUUUUGUGCACAAUCGAAUUUGUUUUCGGGUCCAUUGCCAUCAUCCCUGUCACUGUGCUCGAAGCUUCAUGUGCUUGAUCUCCGGAACAAUUCAUUAACCGGUCCUCUUGAUCUUGAUUUCACUGGACUGCCUAAUCUUUCUUUACUUGAUCUUGCUACCAACCACUUUGCCGGUCCUCUUCCUGCUUUGCUGUCCAAUUGUAAAGAGCUGCAGGUUUUGAGCCUGGCAAAGAACGAAUUCAGUGGCCGGAUCCCUGAGAGCUUUGCCAAUCUCAGAUCACUUGUGUUUCUCUCACUGUCGAAUAAUAGUUUUGUCGAUUUAUCGGGGGCUUUAUCUGUGCUGCAGCAAUGCAAAAACCUUACCAUUCUUAUCCUCACAAAGAAUUUAUAUGGAGAUGAAAUUCCCCGAAAUGUAAGUGGGUUUGAGAGCUUGGCGGUCUUGGCACUUGGAAAUUGUGCUUUGAAAGGUCAAAUACCAGAUUGGCUGUCCGGUUGCAAGAAGCUCGAAGUUUUAGAUUUGUCAUGGAAUCACUUAAAUGGCAGUAUCCCGAGUUGGAUUGGUCAGAUGGAGAAUUUGUUUUACUUGGACUUCUCAAAUAACUCUCUCACCGGAGAAAUCCCGAAGAGUUUGAUACAGCUAAAGACCCUGGUUUCUUCAAAUUCGAGCUUAGCCACUCUUUCGUCCUCUGCCGGGAUCCCCCUCUAUGUAAAGCGAAAUCAGAGUGCUAGCGGACUUAAAUACAACCAGCUUUCAAGUUUCCCCCCAUCAUUAUUUUUGAGCAAUAAUAGAUUGAAUGGGACAAUUUUCCCUGAAAUCGGGGUGUUAGAGCAGCUCCAUGUCUUUGAUAUAAGCCGGAAUAACAUCACCGGUGUCAUCCCUGCUUCCAUUUCCAACAUGAAGAACUUGGAGAUUUUAGAUUUGUCGAACAAUGACUUGCACGGGACAAUCCCACAGUCGUUUGCGGAGCUCACAUUUUUGUCAAAAUUUAGCGUGGCGAAUAAUCACUUGCAGGGUGUGAUUCCUUCCGGUGGACAGUUUUAUAGCUUUCCGAGCUCAAGCUUUGAGGGAAACCCUGGACUUUGUGGGAAAAUAGUGUCUCCUUGUCAUGUUAUGGACAAUAUGCUCAAGCCAGCUAUCCCUUCUGGCUCAAACAACAAAUUCGGUCGAAGCAGCAUUCUCGGAAUAACGAUCAGUGUAGGAGUUGGGAUAUUGUUGCUUCUUGCUAUCGUUCUUCUUAGAAUGUCGAGGAGGGAUGUGGGUUAUCAAAUCGAUAAUUUAGAUGAGGAACUCAGCAGGUCACACCGGUUAUCUGAAGCUAUUGGUUCAUCGAAGUUGAUUCUCUUCCAAAGUUCGAACUGCAAGGAGCUCACUGUUACGGACUUGUUAAAGUCUACAAACAAUUUUAAUCAAGCGAACAUAAUUGGUUGCGGUGGCUUUGGACUGGUUUACAAGGCCUACCUUCCGGAUGGUACAAACGCCGCAGUCAAGAGACUUUCCGGUGAUUGUGGCCAGAUGGAACGUGAAUUCCGAGCUGAAGUUGAAGCUCUUUCGAGAGCUCAGCACAUGAACCUUGUUUCUCUUCAAGGUUAUUGUAAGCACGGGAACGACAGAUUAUUGAUUUACUCUUAUAUGGAGAAUGGAAGCUUGGAUUAUUGGUUGCACGAGUGUGUCGAUGGAUCGUCGGUUCUCAAAUGGGAUGUGAGACUCAAGAUAGCUCAAGGAGCAGCUCGUGGGCUGGCGUACUUGCACAAGGUUUGCGAACCACAUAUCGUUCAUAGAGACGUGAAAUCUAGCAACAUACUUCUAGACGAAAAAUUCGAAGCACAUUUAGCGGAUUUCGGUCUCUCAAGGCUACUUCGCCCGUACGAUACCCAUGUCACAACAGAUUUGGUCGGAACAUUGGGUUACAUUCCUCCAGAGUACAGCCAGACGCUGACCGCAACCUGCAGAGGAGAUGUUUACAGUUUCGGAGUCGUUCUUCUCGAACUUCUUACAAGUAGAAGGCCCGUGGAAGUAUGCAAAGGAAAAAACUGCCGGGAUUUGGUGUCGUGGGUGUUUCAGAUGAAAGCCGAGAAACGAGAGUCCGAGAUUAUAGAUUCAUCAUUAUGGGACAAGGAUCUCGAAACACCACUAUUAGAAAUGCUCGAAAUCGCCUGCAAAUGCUUAGACCAGGAUCCGAGGCGAAGACCCUUGAUCGAUGAAGUUGUUUCAGGGCUGAAUAGCAUCGGAAACGAGGCUGUUCGACAAUGAAAACUCCGUCGAGUUGUUUACUCUUUGAAAAUCUUAGCCGGGAGGGUAUACCUGUAAAGCAGAAAUCAUCGAAGUUUGGAAGGAUUACUGACCAAAUCACUUUGAUUUGUCCCAAAAAAAAACCUUAUGCCAUUGUGUACUAACGUUCGAGAGUUUGUAUACAUGUGAUGUUUAAGCCAUUUCUUCUAUCUGCAAUAAGCAAUUAUAGAAUAUCUAAUUAUCA